CCUACUAUAGUAGCACCGCGUCCGCACAUUAUUGUGCGCAUGAGCUUGGAGGAAUAGGAGGGGGACAGGAUGGCCAACUCAGCACUGGAGAUAGUGGGUCUGCUAUUGACCCUUAUUGGGCUGAUUGGGGCAGCAGCAAGCACUGGAAUGCCAAUGUGGAGAGUCACAGCCUUCAUCGGGGAGAACAUAAUUGUGUUUGAGACCCGCUACGAGGGUCUAUGGAUGAAUUGCUUUCGGCAGGCCGACAUCAGAAUGCAGUGUAAGGUGUACGACUCUCUCCUGGCCCUGCCCCCUGACCUGCAGGCAGCUCGGGGUCUCAUGUGCUGCGCUCUGGCCCUGGGUGGUCUCGGCUUGUUGAUCGGUUUGGUGGGGAUGCAGUGCACAUCAUGUAUCCAAAACAACGAUCGGGCCAAGCGGAUGGUCCUCAUCAUUGCAGGAAGCAUGAUCAUAAUGGCAUGCAUCUGUGUCAUUAUCCCCGUGUCCUGGACGGGUCAUGUCAUCAUAAGGGACUUCUACAACCCGUUGCUGAUUGAUGCCCAGCGCAGGGAGCUCGGAGAGGCUCUGUACAUCGGCUGGGUGGCGGCCGCCUUCUUGUUCGCCGGAGGAUGCAUGUUUGUUUGUUGCAAUCUGCAGUCUGAAGGCAAAGAAUCACGGAGGUACAUAUACUCAAGGAACUCUGACUACAUGGCCUAUCCUCCUCCACAGCCUCUCCAGCCUCAGCAGCUGGUCCUACUUCCCCAAGCCCAGCCUCAGCCAGUGCUGUCAAGACACCCAUCAACCAACUACAGCUACUACUCCAGACACCCCUCUGUCCGGAGCGGGGUGGCCUAUCUCUGAACAUUUAAACAGACUGAGGUAAUGAUUAUCACAGCUAUGGUCACUAUAUGCAAGGGAGUUUCUUUUUAAUAUGGGAGUUGCUUGGCAGUUCAAUCUAUAAUACAUUUCAAUGUCAAAAAUAAAUUUCAGGUAAAAAAAAAAUAAAUCCACUCACAUUUCAAUGAAUACAUUUACUGUGAAUGCAAAUGGAUAGAUGGAUUUAAAUCACUCCAAACAAACCAAGCCAAAUGUUUUCAUGAAGGAUUCAUUAUUUCAGUCAUUCUUCAAGCAUAAAUUUCAAACAUUUGCUGGUUUUAGCUUUUUAAAUGAAAUGUAAGGACCUGCUGCUUGUCUUUGUCAUUAAUGAUAGUAAAUGACAUUUUGAAUACAUCACUUUUUGGCUCUGGGAGAUUGUGAUGAGCAUUUUUACUUUUUUUUUCACACAUUUAAAAAACUGAUUAAUCGAGUCAUUGUCAGCGGAUAGCCUAAUUGAUAACAAAAAUCAUUGAUUGCAGCCCUACAGGAAAUUCAUUAUUUCAUUAUUUUUAUAUGUUGUAAAAUCAAAUCUUCUACUGACAACCUUAUUUUUUGUUUAUCAUUAGGUUAUAACUUUUGUAAGUGUAAGCUGUAUAUAACAAUGUAUGCAAUCUUUAACUUUAAUUUGUGUUUCCUGUUAGAGUGCUAUUUGUUGUUGACACAUGAGCUAUGUACAUAGUAAUGCGGACAGGUAAUACUUAUAUUUAAGUAGUUAUAUUUCAACCCAUUUUCCUUCCACCUUAGCAGGGCCUGAGCUAUGUAUUCAAAAUUACACCCAUCAACACACACGCAUGCACAAUCUUACUGUCACACAUCUGUAUAGCAUAAAUGACCUCUCAGGCCAAUCACCCCAAAACAAAUGGUCCUUGUAUGUUUCUGCUCGGUCUACUAGUUGUAUCCUGAUUUAACCAGAAUAAGACACGUGAUCCACAAAUGGAAAACAAGGCACACACAAUACAGGAACUACCCCGAGGACAGUAAAUACUAUCUUGGUGACUCCUAGUGUAAAAACUAUGUGUUUAAAACUCAAAACAUUAUGUGUGUCUAUGAAAAACAACUGUGAGUCUUUGUUUAAGUUUGGUAUGAUGCCCUGGAGCGCUUGGAAACUGAUGGAACUGAACAAAUGACUGAGUAAACAUGAGAUUCAGGUUUGAGACUGCUUGUUAAAGGUGUGGAAACUUAACCUGACCUAGUGUUUGCGAAGAAGCUGCACAGACACAACGUGACAGCAUGAUCAUGUGAUAAGAAUUUGCAAGUCACUUUGAAUGGCGCUGAAGAGAGCUUUAUAGCAAAACUUGUCUAGUUCAUUUCCGGGUCGACUCCAGCACUGUAUGUUUGAGCAGUGAGGGGAUAUUUCCAUCUCUGUUCAGUCAAGUAUAUUUGCUCUUGAACCAUCAUUUCACCUUCAAAUUCAGUUACUUUGAAAUGUGAGUUUCCAUUAAGAUUACAAUUGCAGAACUCCAAAUACACUGGAGGUAAAUAAAAUGUCAAACAGGAAAAUUCAAUGAUGUAAUGGCAAUGUUUUGUUUUUCUGUUUACCUUAAAAGGUUCAGUGUGUAGGACUCUAUAGGAUCUAUAAGCAGAAAUGGAAUAUAAUAUUCACAAUUGUGUUUUCAUUGCUGUAAAAUAGCUUAAAACAACAAAUCUCUUUUUUUAUUACCUUGGAAAGAGCAUUUUAACUGGCUCGAUAAUGAGCCUUUUGCCUUUAAGCGGCCAACGUAGGGGUGGUUAUUUUCAGUUGGUCAAUCCUACACACGGGACCUUUAAGAUGACACCAAACUGAAGGGACAACAAUCAGUAACUGUAUUUAGGCUUUGUGAUGAGAGAUUCCUCUCUGUUCCAUCUCCUUAAAAGUCUUUUAUGCUCUCCUGUGGACAACAGAAGUACUGCAGGAUCUGCUCUGCUACACUGUAUAUUUGUUUGAUUCUGAAUAAGUUUCACAUAUUAUUAUGGAGAAUAAAAACAUGGAAAGUGACAAACACUUUUCUGAAGUUGAGAGUGGUUUCUGGAUUUUCUGGUUUGUUGGUGUUUGUUGCUAGAGACACUGAUAGCACAGAUAUGCCACUAUAGCCAGAGGAACCAUAAACACAAAAUAAGCAGAGGUCCUCUUUACCCCCAUUGCUCUGAGCCAACCAGGUGACUGCAAGAUUUCUUUCCCAUAACAAACCUUCUCCCGCAGCAUUCACACUGCAUCAGAUGAGAGGAUCAUUGCUGCCUCGGACACGUC